GCAGACACAAUUGUGCAAGAUUUCAGGAUUAUAUAUGCUCUAUAAUUUGAUGCCAUCUCCAAGUUUUCAAAAGCAAUACCUGACAUGAACAACAGCUAAGUAAGAACCAUGACGUUAUCCGCCCCAACCCCCAAAAGCCUUUCGCACCAACCGUGUGCAAUCAAAGAAUACAACGACCGCAUUCGAGACUGGUUACUGGACCCAGGCCUGGAUAUCCAGGGCAGACUAUUGGCUGGUGGCCACCUCAGCGUGCAGCCUCAGCCUCCAAAAGACGCGCCAACGAAACCACCACCCAAGGCACACAUUUAGGUGGUCGCCUGUUUCAAUCUCAUUUCACAUGUUGCGCGCGCCCUGCAGUUGCUUUUUUAUUGCCUGCCACCGAAUUGUGGCUGAUAGUUCAUGGCGAUAAUAGGGUCAAAGUGAUUGAUAUAGUUGGUAUUAUUGAGUAAUGGGGCCGGUCAUCUCACCCCAGGUGAUGAAUGGGGAAAACAAGAAAAGGUGUCACACAUGGAUUUAGUCUGUUUUGAUUUAGCG